AUGAGUACAGAUUUUAAUGAUACUAAUGCAGAAAUUACAGCUGGUAAUCGUCCAUCAUCAAUAUCAAAUGCAGAAUGGAAUCAACAAACUAUUGUUGAUGCACGAAAUGUUCUUCAAACUCAAUUAUCAAAUGAACCAUCACAACAACUUCACGAACAACGAUCAAAUAAAAUUAAUAAACAACCUGUCUAUCCUACUUACGUUCUUCAUCCGGAAGCUAUUCCAUCUUUUAAUGAAGUUCCUGCAGAAUUAAAAAAACGUCGACAUAUACGUUUUAGUAAUCCACUAGCAGAUGAUACAUUUGAAAUUGAAAUGCCCUUAGAAAUGGCUAGUUCAAUACCAGAUGAACUACAAAGUGCUGUACAAAAUCGAGCAGCUAAAGAUGAACAUACUGAUCAACAAUAUCCAAAUCUUAUAGAAGGUGAUGCUGAUGAUUUAUUUCAACCCGUAAUUAUUCCAGAACGAACACAUUUAAAAACCGAUACUAGUGAUUCAUUUUCAUAUAAAUCACAACAAUCAUUUUUAUCAGGUGCAUUAGGUGAUGAUAGAACAAGUUUACGUGAAACAUUUCAAAGAAUAAAAAUAGCUGGAGGUGUUCAAGAUAUGUCUCAUAUUGAAGAUUUAGAUGAUUCAGUUAGUCCACUUCUUCGUGCAUUAGUUAUACGUGAAAAAUAUAUGAGUUUCAGUUUACAAUCAUAUCCAACAACAGUUGCUAAUUUUUUAACUAAAACAUUAGAACAUGAAGAUCAAUCACGUCGUGCAUCUCGUAGUAACACACGUCUACAUAAUGAUGAUUUUCGUCCAUUUCAUCCUCCAGUUAUAAAACGUGAAGAUGCUUUUAAUAUUCCAUUACUUCCAGCAAUUGAUAUAAGUGUUCAACCAGAAAAUGGUAUAUAUCGUGCUUAUAUACUUAAUGAAGACAAAGAAUAUAUACCGGCUGAUUAUCCAUUUAUUGAUCGUGAUCAAUUUAUUGAUGAUUAUACACUUUUAUCAGCUAUGAUUACAGAUGGACCAUUAAAAUCUUUUUGUUAUCGACGUUUACAAUAUCUUAAAGCUAAAUAUGAAUUACAUGGUUUACUUAAUGAAGUUAAAGAAUGGUCAGCAAUAAAAUCAACACCACAUAGAGAUUUUUAUAAUGUACGAAAAGUUGAUACACAUAUUCAUGCAGCAUCAUCUAUGAAUCAAAAACAUUUAUUACGUUUUAUGAAGAAAAAAAUGAAAACAUCUGGUGAUAUGAAUGUUUAUAAAACGAAAGAUGGAAGAAUCAUGACAUUAAAAGAAGUUUUUGAUGAAUUACAAAUAACUGCCUAUGAAUUAAGUGUUGAUAUGCUUAGUGUUCAUGCUGAUCGAAAUACAUUUCAACGUUUUGAUCGUUUUAAUGCGAAAUAUAAUCCACUUGGUCAAAGUGCUUUACGGUAA